CGGGAAGGGGGUCGUGGUCUCUCGCCGCCCCGUCCCGGCCGCAGGGAGCGCUCCGCCCCUCGCCGGAUGGGGGUCCCCGCUGCUCCGCCCGCAGCGUCCCUGGCACGUCGCGGCAAUGGCCUGCCUCGCCCCGGCCUCACCGGGGCUCUGCGCUCCUGGUGGGCCCACGUGGAGAUGGGCCCCCCCGACCCUAUUCUGGGGGUGACGGAGGCCUUCAAGAGGGACACCAGCCCCAAGAAGAUGAACCUGGGAGUCGGGGCUUACCGGGAUGACAACGGGAAGCCCUUCGUGCUCGGCUGUGUGCGCAAAGCAGAAGCCCAGAUAGCUGCUAAGAAGAUGGACAAGGAAUAUUUGCCCAUAUCUGGGUUUGCAGACUUCAACAAGGCAUCAGCUGAACUGGCUUUGGGAGAAACAAAUGAGGUUAUACAAAGUGGCCGGUAUGUCACCGUGCAGACAAUUUCUGGAACCGGGUCUUUAAGGGUUGGAGCCAACUUCUUGCAACGAUUCUUCAACUCCAGCCGUGACGUGUUCCUCCCCAAGCCUUCCUGGGGGAAUCACACCCCCAUUUUCAGAGAUGCCGGAAUGCAACUACAAAGCUAUCGAUAUUAUGACCCCAAAACAUGCGGCUUUGACUUCACUGGAGCUUUGGAGGACAUUUCUAAAAUUCCAGAAAAGAGCAUUAUUCUCUUCCAUGCCUGCGCUCACAACCCCACUGGAGUGGACCCUCGUCCGGAGCAAUGGAAGGAGCUGGCGGCAGCGGUGAAGAAAAGGAAUCUCUUCACCUUCUUUGACAUGGCCUAUCAAGGUUUUGCCAGUGGGGAUAUAAACCGAGAUGCAGGGGCCGUCCGUCACUUCAUUGAGCAAGGCAUUAACAUUGUGGUCUCCCAGUCGUACGCCAAGAACAUGGGCCUCUACGGGGAGCGUGUGGGCGCCUUCACUGUCAUUUGCAAGGACUUGGAUGAAGCCAAGAGAGUGGAGUCCCAGAUCAAGAUCCUGAUCCGCCCCAUGUAUUCCAACCCCCCCCUCAAUGGGGCUCGGAUAGCUUCCACUAUCCUAAACAGCCCUGAUCUGCGAAAGGAAUGGCUAGCAGAGGUGAAGGGAAUGGCUGACCGCAUUAUCGGCAUGCGCACCCAACUCGUGGCCAAUCUCAAGAAGGAAGGUUCUUCUCAUGACUGGCAGCACAUCACUGAUCAGAUUGGCAUGUUCUGCUUUACGGGACUUAAGCCAGAACAGGUGGAGCGAUUAACCAAAGAAUUCUCCAUCUACAUGACCAAGGAUGGCCGCAUCUCCGUUGCAGGCGUCACCUCGGGCAACGUGGCUUAUCUAGCUCACGCCAUCCACCAGGUGUCCAAGUGAACAGGGAGGAUUGUGUGGAUGGCUUCGUACUCUGGCUAGGCCGGGCGGAGAAUAAGGAACAGCAGCAAGUAGCACAAGCAUUUCCCUCAUUUUUCACCAUCCGUCACUUAGCUGUGUGGUGUGGCCUCCCCCCCUUCAUCAUUUGAGAUGUCUUCUGGUCCUGUGUGCAAAUGCUUCGGCAUCCUCAGAGCUGGGCUGGGAGACUCUCAGACUCUUUGUGAGUGUAGCCAUCCCCAGGGCUACAGCUCCCAUAAAUAGCCAGCCUAAUUUCAAAUGCACCCUUUUCGGUCUGCCUGCUUGGAGUGGACAUCCCUCUUCCAAGCUCUGUGCCCAGGGAUUCAAAGCAAGCUAAUAAAGUGGCUUUUUUUUUUUCUUGCUAGAAAAAGUUCCCCUUGUUCCUAUGAAAGGAAUAUGAGGCUUUUUUUUUUCAUUGCCCAAUAGAAAGGAGUUAGCUUUACUCACUGACACUUUUAAUUCUUAAUAAUCAAUAACACCUUAAAUUGCCUUUCCUUUCCUUUGGAAUUUUUGGGAAACCCCCUAUUUAAAAAUUAUGUUUAGUGCGAAUAUUCGCACCGCAACCCCUCUACAUUAUGAACACUUAUAUGAUGGAGCCCUGAAUUUUGUCAUGUGUAUCUUAAGAACUUCUAAAUGUUCCCCCCCCCCAUCUGAAAGCAGAGGGCAGGAGAAAGCGGCCAUCAACUUAUCAGCCAACAAGCUUUACUAGUUAUGUACCUGUCCUGUGCCUGGUUCAUGCCAACCCUAGCAUCCGCCCACCUGCACUGUGUGAUUGUCCUUCAGAAUCCCAAGUGGGGAGAGGCAUUCUGGGAAACGGAGUGACCUGCACAGCUACAGAUAUCAAACGCCUCCCGUGGCCCAUCCACCGUGACGCCUCUUCUUACAUGAAUCAGUGGAACAGUUAACGCCUCCAUAUUGAAAGCCAAGCUGCAGAAAGAGACACGUGGUAGUUAUGCGGCUGCUGAAAAAACUGCCUCUGGAAGAUACGCACAGCUGCCUCUUCCAGCCUGGCAAACAGGCAGGGUCCACCCCCCACCCUGGACCUGAGAGGUGGGCAAUCUGCCUCUUGUGGACCUGCUGGGCUUCAGCCAGCCCUCUGCCUUCCCUCCCUCUCUAAUAAAGCUGCUAUACAUCUGGA